AUUCAAAAUGCAUGUAGUACCUUACUUUUCAUAUUUUCUUUGCAAGUAUAAAUUAGAUAGUGUAGAACAUAGCCUAAAUUAGAUAGUGCCAAUUAGAACAUAGCUCCCCCGAUCGAUGAUGAAAAAAAAUCGAGAAAGUGGAGGGAGAGAAGUGGAAGGAUCCAAAUUGGGACUUUGCCAGCUGCCUGUUUCAAAUGCUUCUUAAUGCCAACAACUGAGCUCCCGCUGCCAUCUCACUUCAUUAUUCAAUUCACCAAACCCCCAUGCAAAUCCAUGAUGCCACUUCAACCACAUACAAAUAUUUCAUUCCACAGAAGAAGAAAGAAGAAAGAAGAAAGAAGGCAGUACCCUCUGAAAUCAACCCCAACACCACACCUCCCAUAUCUCUCUUUUUCUCUGAUGCCAGGGAUGUCGGAGACGGCGACGGUAUCGCCUCAAGUUGAGCUCCAACAACAACAGCCACCUCCGCCGUCGGUCGAAUUCGCGACCGAGAGGCUAACGGUCGACGACAUGCUCCUAAAGUAUUGCGGCGAGUUUGGGCGGUGGCAGUGGAAGAACUUCCUGUUGGCCAAUCUCAGUUGGACCUUAGAAGCUCUGCACACCAUGGUCGUCAUCUUCGCCGACCACGAGCCACAUUGGCAGUGCGUCGCCGGAACGGCCUGCAACAGAGCUGCGAAGAGCGUCUGUGAAUUGAAGCCUGGUUCGUGGGAGUGGGUUGAAGGCCGCCGGAGCUCCACAGUGGCGGAGUGGGGUUUGAUUUGCGGUUAUAAGUACAAGGUCGGCUUGGCCCAGGCUAUGUUCUUUCUUGGCUGCAUGAUGGGAUCUGGUUUGUUCGGCUACCUUUCAGGCUCUGCUUUGGGAAGAAAACGAUCUCUUGCAUUAGUUUCCAUUUUCAAUGCCAUUUUUGGGCUACUAACAGCAGCAUCGCCAUAUUACUGGACCUAUGUCCUCCUCCGUGCCCUAACCGGAAUCAGUACCGGUGGGAAUGCCGUAUGCGCCUUUGUCCUUGCUACCGAACCUAUUGGUCCGACAAAACGCGGGGCAGCUGGAAUGUCAUCCUUCUACUUUUUCGCCAGCGGAGCUGCCAUCAUAUCGGGAAUGGCCUACGCCAUUCGAUCAUGGCGUAAACUCUACAUAGCUUCCUCUAUUCCCUCUCUCGUCUUCCUAAUCAUCGUCCUUCCCUUCAUCUCAGAAUCACCAAGAUGGUAUCUGGUUCAUGGGAAGCUUGACGAGGCCAUGAAGUUGAUGAACUCCAUAGCCAAAUGCAAUGGCAAACACCUCCCCAAAGGAGCCAUCCUUUUACUCGAUAAAGAAGCAAUUGGCGACGACGCAAAAACCAACCAUAACCAUGAAGGACAUAGUAGCUUCGCAAUCUUAAUUCGCUCACCCAUUGCAAGAACUCGUCUGAUCAUAGCAAUGGCCAUAAGCUUUGUAGGGGCAGUUAUAUACUAUGGUCUGAGCUUGAAUGUGGUCAACCUGAAGACAAAUCUCUACCUCAGCGUCUUCCUCAACGCAGUUGCAGAAACUCCGGCUUUUCUCAUAACUGCAGCUCUGUUGGGUAAGCUUGGGAGGAAAUGGAUAGGGGUUGGGACACUCUGGUUCAGUGGGGCGUCCUGCUUAAUUGGGAGCUUGCUGAGAGGCCAUGGAAGGUGGAAGGUUGGGAGGAUGGUGUGUGGGAUGAUGGGGAUAUUUGGGAUGGCUGGGAACUACAACUUGCUAUUUUUGUACCUGGAAGAGCUAUUCCCGACGGUGGUGAGGAACGCAGCGAUAGGCGCCGCUACCUUGGCGAUUCAAAUGGGGGCAGUUAUGGCACCGUUUGUGGUGGUUUUGGGAGGUCGUUUGACGUUUGGGGUGUUUGCAGGAUGUGGUUUGGUGGGUGGGAUAUUGGUAUUUUUCUUGCCGGAGACACUGAAUAAGCCUCUCUAUGACACCAUGGCUGGUUUGGAGCAUGGGGAAAGAGGUUCUAUUGAUGCUUGAAAAGCUUUCCAAGGUCAAGAUCAUAUGCAAAAAUGGGAUUAUGAUGUUACAUUUACAAUGCUACUUACUGUACUAGGAAAAGAAAUGAUUAAAGCAAGGCAAUUGUUAUGCAAGUCCGAGAAUAAGUCUGGACAACAAGAAAUUCUUGCUACUAUAAUA